UGAUGAAAGAGUUUGUGAAUGCGCAAGUCAAGAUGUAAAUCAAAAGUAGAAACUCGUGAUGAGUUGAGAGAGAUUGUUGAAGAGAGCCAAGACAUUUUAUCAAGAGGAUCGGAUUCUCAUUUGAUCUAUCAGGGCUCAAAAGUCAAUCCGGAGAUAGGAGAAUUGGAGACAAAUUUAACCAAUGUUUCCACUGUCGAGAAAAAUGGGGAAGAUACUGAAGAUAAAAAUGAAGUUCUGUCUGACAGUUUAUUCGAUUUGAACAUGACAGUGUUGAACAAAACAUCAGAAGGAGUGCAAAUAGCAGAAAAUGAAAUCAAAUCGAAAGCUGUGGCGAGAAGAACGUCGACGCCGUUGACAUCUAAGACCCGCAAACGGUCACAGAAAAGUCCGUAUCUGUUAAGAUCACCCUCAGUUAUGGGAACUUCGGGAAAAGAUAUCGAAGAGUCAGGUGCUGGAACUCCAGGAAACUUGACUAAAAGUAUACGAAAACGUCUCAAAGUGAAUUCAGACUCGCUAUCUAAGUCGCCAAUAAUUGGUUCGAAACGGGCAAAUGUUAGUUCAGUUGAAUCUUCUGCUAUUGAAUUUGAUUCCAAUUUGCAAAAAGAUGGUUUGAAUUUUGAUACAGAGAGCGCUGAUAGUUUCUACGGAUUACCGCUGACGGCUAAAAAAAUCUUCGAAGAAACAAGAAAGAUAAAGAAGCUUUUCGACUGGCAAAUUGAGUGUCUUAAAUUGGGGUCUUUGAAUCAGAGGCGAAAUUUGAUUUACUCGCUGCCAACUAGCGGAGGUAAAACAUUGGUAGCUGAAAUUCUAUUGCUUAAGGAAGUUAUCGUUAAUGAAAAAGAUGCAAUUUUUGUGUUUCCUUUUGUAUCGAUUGUGCAAGAAAAGUUGAAAGGAUUCAUACCUUUCGCGAAUGAGCUCGGGUUUGCUGUUGAAGAGUACGCAGGUAGCAAGGGGUCUAUUCCGCCGCGGAAAAAAAGCAAAAAGACCAUAUUUUUGGGAACAAUUGAAAAGAUUCACAUUAUGCUCAACAGUUUGAUUGAGUCAAAUGGUCUAGAAUCGAUAGGGUUAAUUGUUAUAGACGAACUUCACAUGUUAGGAGAAAGGGAUCACAGUUCGUCUUCAAAUCGCGGAACAGGAUUGGAAGUUAUGCUUUGUAAAAUUAUGCACGUUUCGAGGUCAACUCAAAUUAUAGGCAUGUCGGCUACAUUAAAAAAUAUACAGGAAAUCGGAAUUUUUUUGAAUGCUGAAGUUUACACUAAUAAUUUCAGACCGGUUGAACUGAAACAAAUGGUUAAGUUUGCAGACGCAGUUUUCACUGUGAACACCGGUGCCAAUUGUAAUUUUGAAGAGAGUUUGUUCAAAAUGGACCGAACAGUUACGUUUAAUUACACUAAAGAGCAGACAUUCAAAGAUCCUGAUCACAUUGUGGGACUAUGCAGUGAAGUUAUUCCUCACAAUUCGUGUCUAGUGUUUUGCGCGAGUAAGAAGAACUGUGAGAAUGUGGCUUCGUUAGUGUGUAGUUUCAUGCCUCCCGCUUUGAAGUCGGUGGAGCUGGAGAAUCGCGAGGCACUGCUGGCGGAGUUGCAGAGUGACGCUGAGGGUAAUCUGUGUCCGGUGCUCCAGUUCUGUAUCCCGUAUGGAGUCGCAUAUCAUCACUCGGGACUGACGAUGGACGAAAGAAAGGCAAUUGAAGAUGCAUAUUUACAAGGAACACUUUGUCUGCUCUGCUGCACGUCAACUUUGGCAGCCGGGGUCAAUUUACCGGCCAAAAGGGUCAUCAUCAGGUCACCUUACGUGGGAAGGGACUUCAUCAACCCCACCCAGUAUAGACAAAUGAUCGGACGGGCGGGCAGGACUGGCUUAUCAUCUGAGGGUGAAUCGAUUCUAAUUGUGAACAAAAGUUCUGACAGAAACAAAAUCGACAAACUUGUCCGGGCCGAAUCUGACUACUGCAGGAGUGGGCUGCUGUCUGAAAAUACGAAUGUUCUCAAACAGGUUUUAUUGUCGUUAGUUGGGUUAAAAAUCUGCGAAACCUUAAAUGACGUGCAAGUUUUUUUGUCGUCGUCUCUAGCUGCAAAACAACAGAAAAAUAAAAAGAUCGAUUUGUCUAAAUUGUUACAAGAACUAGUUGACUCUGGUUUGAUGAAAAUAACAAAAAGUGACGAAGAAUCUGAUGAUUGCUUGUCAACGUUGAGCAUAACUCAAAUUGGAACCGCUUGCUACAGAAGCUCGUUACCUUUAGACUAUGUUGGAACUAUUUAUAAAGACUUGGAAAAAGCCUCCAAGCAUUUAGUUGUAGAUUCGUACAUUCAUUUACUAUACAUUUGCGUCCCAAAUGAUAGCCUGUUAACGGUUUUUGACAUUGACUGGAAUCAUUAUUUGAAAAUAUUUGGAAGUUUAAGCGAAGAAAUAGUUUCAUUUGCUGGUGUUUUGGGCAUUUCUGAACUGAGUUUGAUUUCGAAAGCGACUGGGAUGGCAAGAUCCGACACGAAUAAGUCUGAUAUAGUAUUGUCUAAACUGUAUUGUGCUCUUAUUCUGAACGAACUUAUUGCCCCGACAAAUAUUUGGGAGGUUGCAAAAAAGUUCAGUGUUUCACGAGGCAUAGUGCAGAAUCUACUAAGUUCAUCGUCCAGUUUUUGUUUUCACUUGAGCCAAUUUUGCAAAAAUCUCAGCGAGUUUUGGGCCUUGACCGAGCUGUUGCAAAUAAUUCAAAAGAAACUUAAUUUUACAUUUAGUCAAGAGUUACACGUUCUGCUGGAAAUUCCUCAGGUCAAAUAUGGCCGCGCAAAGCAACUUUACAAUGCUGGUUUUAAGACGCUGGCUUGCAUUGCGACUGCAGAGCCUAAAACAUUGAUGAGCAAACUUGAAGGCUCCAUUUCUUUCACAGGCUGUAAAAGUUUGAUCCAGGGAGCGCAAAUGGUGUUAAAUGAGAAAAUAGAUGCCCUAAACGACGAAGCGGAAGAAUUGAAAACGGUGCCACCUGAUUUGAAAAUUGGUUGAAAACUGAAGCGUUUUGAUGCUAAAAUCGUGUUAUUUAUUAAUGAAUUGAUAAAUUGUAUUGUAUUUUGAUUCUGUUUUUAGUCUGAAGUAGCUGCUAAAUAAAUCUACGGUUUGAAAGAA